UCGCGUUCUGGCCAACACCCUCGUGAAUCCUAGCAAGCCAUGGUGCUGUUGAUGCUGUGUGGCGUGGGGCUGCUAGGUGUGGCUGUAGGGGUGCCCUGGUACUAUGGCCUGCUGAGCAAGACGAUCCUCAUAGAAAAGAUGAUGGAGCCAGCGGUCUUUAUGUUCACCAAGCAUGUGGGGCCCUAUGCCAAUGUCGGACAGGUCUUCGACAAGCUCUCCCCUGUCAUGCCUCCAAAAGCGAAGAUGGCCAUGAUGUCCCUGGACAACCCGCAGGUGGUGGAAUCCUCAAAAUUGCGCGCUCUUCUGGGCUUUUGGAUGCCAGCGACUCCAGAGGCUGAGAAGCUCUUGAAGGAGAUCUCCAGCGCCACAGGGCUCCCAAUGUCCAAGAGGGAGAUGAAAGCCGGACGCGUCAAGGUCACCGCCUUUCCCCUGCGGGGCCCCAUGAGCUUCAUGCUGGGCCCCAUGAAGAUCUAUCCAACGGCGUUUGCUUCCUUCGACCCUUCGGCUCCGUGCUGCGGCAGUAUGGAAAUCUAUCACCAUGAGGGUGACAACAAGAUUGAGACGGACGCCUUCUCAAACCAUGGACCUGCCCUCUUUGGAAGCGGCGGAACAGCGGUUCUGUCGCGAUCCGACUCCACAGACCAGAGCUGUCGCACCCUUUGGUUCUCCAAGCAGCAAGAGCUCAGAAUAGCCAGCAGAGUUCUUGUGAAGCCCCCAGUGUCGAGGGUGACCAUGCAACCCCCGAAACACGAACACGUGUAGCAGCGUAGCACUUAGCACCAGGAUUUGUUGAUGCCUGUGAGGGCCCAAAUAUGCCAAGAUUAGAUUAUGGAUUCAGUGACACUUAGGAAUCAAGUGAAGUCCCAUGCUUCCGAAGAGCGCUGUUUUUGGUCAUUUUGCCAUCCGCUCCCCGUGCAUCAUCACAGGUACAUAUUUUCAAUGGAGAACCCGGAGGAUUAUGCCUGGCCUGCGGAUUGAUUGUAGCAGAACAGACCGUUUUGCUUUGCAAAGGCCUAGACUGAGGGGUCUUUGAUUGAUUACUACGUAGAUCGUGGCAGAGAACCCGGGUGUCUCCACAAGCAGGACUGUUGAUUUUUACAGAUCAGUUGAAUCGGACUCGGGUCGCCCUCGCGAUGGGACCUGGGUGUCCUUUUGCGGAUGGUGUG